GGUAUAUACUGGAAUGCCGGAAUUUAAUUGCAUCUAGGCGCAGUGUGGACUGUGUACCUUACAUUGUUUCUCAUAUUUUAACAGAGUGAUGUUCCGCAGUUCGAUUCUAAAAUAACUCCAUUGCUACCCAACAGUCUGCAGCCUGCAGUGAUCUAGCAACAGUGUGGACUGUGUACCUUACAUUGUUUCUCAUAUUUUAACAGAGUGAUGUCCCACAGUUCGAUUCUAAAAUAACUCCAUUGCUACCCAACAGUCUGCAGCCUGCAGUGACUGUAUCUAGCGACAGUAUGGACUCGGACAGUAAGAGCCUGAAUGCAUUCUCUGACGGAGAGGCCACGACAGUUGUUAAUGGUGGUACGAUGAAAAAAUACAAGUCUGCCGAUGACUUGGAAGCUGGACUUGCGCCAGGUUGGUUAAGUCAAAGAUUAAUUGAAUCAAUAGCAGACAGCUGCAUAAAGCGACGUUGUAUAGUAAUACAACCCUGGGUUUUGGUAUGUACAUGAGCGUCCUCAUGAGCAUACCUGCUUUUGGUAUGUAUAUGAGCAUCAAUCAAUCAAUCAAUCAAUCAAUCAAUCAAUCAAUCAAUCAAUCAAUCAAUUCAAUCAAUCAAUGCUCAUGAACAUUGGUAUGUAUAUAUAAGCAUGCUCACACAGUGGAACCUAGAAUUAGAACCCAUUGAUUGGAUUCGAUUAAACUGCAUACACUACUGUACUAAUCAAUUUGAAUUGUGUUGUUGUUAGAGCAGUUUGAGAAUAAAUGCUGGGGGUGGGUUACCCUGGGUGCCAGAGCCUCCUGUGAUAGAAGUGAGGACACGAUGAGGAGGCUCUGGUCAACACGAGCAACCAGCCUCACUUUGGUGAGUUCAAUAUUUGAACUCUGUUUGUGAUUGGUCUAAAUUUAAGUGAGUCUUUUCAUUGGUUAACCGACGCUCAUAGAUUAACCAAUGAAAAGACUCAAAUAAAUUUAGACCAAUCAUAAACAGAGUUCAAAUAUUGAACUCACCAAAGUGAGGCUGGAUGCUCGUGUGAUCAGAGCCCCCUCGUCGUGUCCUCACUUCUAUCACAAGAGGCUCUGGCACCCAGGGUAGGGGUGUGUCCUUAUCAAACUAGAAUUAUUUUGCUAUAAAUAAUAGGGGAAUUUUCGAGGUCUAGUUCAAAUAUCUUAUCAUCUUAUAAGAUACAUCAUCAGAAAUCUCGCAGUGAAUAUAGUUUCCCGAGAUGGUUUAUAGGCCGCACAGCUGCGCAAUAAAUCGUUUUAUGAAAUUUCGUUUCAGCUGCAAAGCGCAGUUUACACACUCGAUCACAAGAACUAAACUUCGCGAACAAACUAGAGUCUGGUGUGGUGAAACGUGGAAACGAAAACAUUGAUUGGAAAAGCUUCGAAGAAGCGGUAUGUAACGUAUCAGUAAGAUUCUGGGCCCUGCUGGCGAUUCUUGCUACUGUACAAACAUGAUCUGGAAGCCCUUGCAUUCCAAACAACUCUUGAUUGUUACUCAGUAACGUAGAAAUAUUUCUAUAAGGCUAUAAACCCCACGCCUGACGUCAUCAAACCCAUAGUUAAUAAGACUUAAGAAUUAAUCCAAGAUGGCAGACAGCUCAAAGCUUUCAGUCAAAAUAUAUCAAGAGUUAAGUUUAAAAUGAAAAAUCUGUAACAAGAUUUUAUAGAUAAUGUUAAACGUUAUGAACCAACCCUUGCUAAAUUAGCUUAGGCCUUCUUGUAAAAACUUAGAUAGGGUAGGUCGGUUUUCACUUUUUUUUUAAACUUUUCUUUAAUUUCCUAACAACCGGACGCCCUUUUGUUUAGUCAGUGCUUCCACAUCCAAAGAUAAAUUUCCCUAAUAUUGCCUCAAAUUUCCAUUUUCCACAAAAGUUUUCCUCUAAGUGGAAACACAAGCAUGAUCCAAUAAAAAAGUUUCGGGUCGGGAUUUUGGCGCCCAAAAGCUAUAGGUAGUUUUAUAGGGAGGGUCGGGAAACCGGAAACCCAUAUUUUUUUUGGCCUUAUUAGCUACAUCGAAUUAUUCUCUUUAUAGGCGAAAUCUUCAUUUUCAGAUGACGUGGAUCGCGCGUGCGCAAUGUGUAGUAACUACGAAAAACAACUGCAGAAACUGCAACAGAGAAACGAAGCUUUGUCUGAAGAAACCUCCGCAUUAUCGACGAGGUUGAAAGAGGAACGGGUGAUGACAUAUUUAUUGAACGGUUUUGUGGGCAUUCUGAAUGUAAAUUUCAUACAUUUAUUAAACCUAACGAAGAGCAUGUUUUGGAUUUUCAUUUGACAGGAAACUGUUACCGUUGUAAAAAGAUCGUGUGAUCGAUUGGAACAAAGUGUGAAAGUCGCCAGCGAGGACGCUCAAGCACAGGUAAGGGCUUGAUCCUCUUCCGCGUUACUUACGAUUGCCUUGCACAGGGUUCGUACGACUCUUAGAAAUCCUGGAAAACCAUGGCUUUUUAUUAGUCCUGGAAACUUCUGGAAUUUCAAAGUCGCCCCUAAAGCACACGUAACAACGCGUUGUAACAAUUUAGGUUGUUGUGUUCGCACUGCUUGUUCCCAGUUGUUGUGAUAACAACUUGUUAUAACUUGUAAUAGGUUGCUUACGAGCUUGUUGCGAUCAGCUUGUUAACAACUUGUUACGUGCAGACGCGAUAAUAGACAGAUUUAGAAAAGACGACGCGACCUCAAAGACGACGUGAAAAUGGCGUGUUCUGUCCAUAUAUGGAUGUGCUACGCCACUUUGACGCCAUUUUCACGUCGUCUUUGAGGUCGCGUCGUCUUUUCUAAAUCUGUCUAUUAGACUUGCUGGAACUGAACUUAUUGCGAAUCUGUGGCCUCCAUUACCCCGGCAUAAUAGCUUUGUAAUUUGUUUAUUUUACUGCAAUGAAUAUAUUUGUUCUUUCGCAGAUUAAAGUAGCAAUGGACACCCAAAGAAGUUUCGAAAGUUUAUUAGAAGAGAUCACGGCAGACAUUGAUAAAACCAAGAAAGAAACGAGCAAACAAGUGGUACGUUUAUUUUGGAAACUUUUAUCCCACUUGACUGAGGAUUGUAGGAGGGAACCUGGGAACGAGGUUGAUGUGUGUGUUGGAGGGCCGGGGGGUGUAUGAGCAUUAGAAACCUUACGAUUUUAGGACGGCGACGACGACGGCCAGAACAAAUUCCUUCAAAUAAAUGGUAGUAAAGAUAAUUCGUCGUAUAUUAUCAAUCGUAUGAAUUUAAUUAAUACAGUCUUAGAAGUUGAAGACAUGGAUUUUAUGUUUGGGAAGAGUUCUGCUGAACCCAGUUUGAAGUUGCACUUGUUGCGGCUUGAAAUGCAGCCGUUGUAUCAAGACGUGAAAAUCUGUGAUUUGGCGUUGUAAACAGAGCGAGGACAAUGUCUAAAUUAUUCAUAUAUUGUAAUUAUUCAAUUCUUUUUCAAUGAUUUAUUGUAUUGGUAGUCGUUGCCGUCGCGUGGCCGUCCUAAAUCGUAAGGUCUCUACUGACACUGACAGGCAAGCAUGGACGUUAGAAUUGAACGCAAGCUACAGUAAAGCUGGAUUUCCACUCUGUAAGUGUGAAAUCCAGCUUAUAGGAAUGCAAACUUGCGAUGCCCACCUAGUCAGGCUGGCUCGUCUGUCAUAUGACCACGUAUGACUUUUAUCCGCGUCAACGAUGACAUGUGAUUCUCACACCUAGGCGAGUUUCCCAGUUACCUCGUCUCAUAUAAGUCCCUAAUUGUGUUUUUGCUUUCCCAGAGCGAACUUAUGGUGUCUCGAGACAGUUAUUUCGCACAGGUAUGCGCAAUUAAGCCUUAGUCAAACCACUGAGAUCUCUAUAUAUCUGGAGCGAGAACUUGAGUCAUUCGGCCUAUGGGAAAAGCGAAGCCAAGAUGGCGGCCAUUGACAUCCAAUAGCUAUGAAGGUCGUAGACUUUUUUAAUACCAUUUUUACCGUAUCGCUAAACAAGUUACCAAUUCAUGUUUCGCUCGCUACUCUGGUUUAAAUAAAUUAUUACAAAGCCCAGUCGAAUUGUAAUCAAGACCCAACGUUUCGACACUCCAGUCUAGUGUCUUCAUCAGGGGCGAUCUAAAAUUGCAAUCGUGGCUUCUUAAAUACCCAAGGAUGAGUCACCUGCCAAUGAGAUGCAUAAAUUCCUCUGGCAAAUAGGCACCGUUAUCCCUAUUCAAAGCAUGAUUACUCAUAUUUAUUCUAAAAUUGCAAUUGUGGCUUCUUAAAUACCCAAGGGAUGAUGUCACCUGCCAAUGAAGACACUAGACUGGAGUGUCGAAACGUUGGGUCUUGGUUUUCGAAACGUUGGGUCUUAGUUGGUCUUGGGUUGUUGGGUCUUGACAAUUCGACUGGGCUUUGUAAUCAUUUAUUUAAACCAGAGUGCAGUGAACGAACAAACUUUAAAGUUACCAAUUCAUUAAACCACAGUGUUAUUCUUUAAAUCGAAGUCAAAAUACGAAAUUUUGGCACACUCAUUGCCAGCUUCCUUUUAACCGCGCAGUCAAAAACAAUAGAAAGGGACUGGAACUGACCUCCACUAGCUCUUCGAUUUUCGUCACUCCAGUUCUCGUUCCAGAUAUAUAUGGUGCACACUGCCCCAGGUGUGCUAGUAAUAUCGGGAUACUGCAAAUCUAGAGCUCUCCAAAGAAUACAAUACAUCUAUGUUUUUAUUUUAGUACGAACAGUUAUCAGAAAACAGCCGAGCCUUGCAAAAACUCAACGUCCAACACACGGAACAGGUAAAAUGUCACUCAGAUUUGCAAAUUUUGCUCCCCUGACAACUUAUCCUUUUAUGUCUAAAGUAAAUGCUUUUCAUAUGUUUAGAAACAGGCGGAACGCGCUGAAGAUCAAACUGACGUGAAAACAAAAGAAUUAGUUGCCCUGCAAAGCGAGGUUUGUUUUGCAUCUGGAAUGCUCUGUGCGUCUAGCGUGACAAGGAUGCAAAUACCAAUAAUAUUAAUUGACCUUUAUUAAAGUUGUGUUUGUUGUUAAAAUUAAUUUAAAACCUAGAAAAGUUUCGCUAUAAAAACAAGUGUUGUUUAUGCCACAGUAAACAGCUUAAAAACUGAAUUUUAUUCUACUAUAGUAUUAUUUUUAAAAAGUGAAGAUUUUAAGAAUAACUGGCAUCUUUCUUUGCAAGAUAAACACUAUAAAAUUGACUACAAAUACUUUCACGGCUUGUGUAAAACAAAUCCACGAAUAUUCCACGCGGGUGCGCGAGAAUGACGUGUGAAUAAUUCGGCUGAAUGAGCCUCAGGGAAACUACAGGGAGCCUCCUUAAGUAGAAGUUAUUUAUACCUAAAUUUCAUUCCCAGAUCAACUUCAUGAAAGAUCGCGUUGUUGCGGAACAGAUUGGCAAGGAGAGUAUGGAAGAACUGUAUCAAGCUGAAAUAGAAACCUUAGGACUAGAAAUUAGUAAGUUUGCCAGCUAUCGACUAAUUUUUUAUCAAGAUAAGAAAGACGAAAUGUAUCAUUAUAGCUCAAAAGAACAUCCUUAAAUUAGUAAAAUUGCAACGUUUAGUUGCCAAAUGUUGUAAAAUACGAAAAUAUUUUGUAUAGCCAUGUAAAAUUAGCAAAUUUUCAUGAGGUUUUUAGUAUUACGCGCGGGAAAAUGCACCACUUUCGGCUCAAAAGUGAUGCAUAAAAAAAAUUGCUUCUAGAAAAAAUAGCUUAAUCCAUUGAACGCUAGCGCUCUUAAGACCCACAAAACAGUUUGAGCAAAUUAUAAGGUAUGUGUGAUCAUGAAAGUUAGUGAUAAUACCCCUAACACUAACCCUAGUUUUAAUUAACACCAUCUGAUUAUUUUAACCUGCCUUUAAUUACCUCAAACUAUUACGUGUUCGUUACAUGAAGUAGUAACGUGAGUAAAAUCGUCUGGCGUUAAUAAAGUAGGUCGCAUUUGGACGCAACUAAAUGGGUUAUAGACAUAUCACACUGUACGUAUAAAUGAGCCAGGAUUCCUGUAAUCAUAAAGCUAUACUUUACCUUUGUUUUCCAGGAAAUCUGAAAAGCCAACUAGGACAACAACGGGUAAGUGCCACUACGUCGGUGAUGCUUUCGAGGAAAAGAGCAUAUUACUAACCAGGGUCGCCGAAAGGUUCCGUGUGACCAGGGGCAAAACUUUCCCAGUGGUACCCGAUGACGUUAUAAAAUUUUCUUUUCACUGAAGAAUUGAUGAUUCCCCUUAUUACGUUUUCGUAGCGCUUUGCAUUGUGGUUAUAGUGGUAUCACUGAUAAAGAUUGCGGCCUCGAAUGAAAAUAUUGAAUGUCAGGACAAAAAAUAAGCCAUCUUGAAUAUCAGUGAUACCACUAUAACCACAAUGCAAAGCGCUACGAAAACGUAAUAAGAGGAAUCUAGUAUUGCUAGCAUACUUGAAAUCUUUAAUGCAUGCAUGUUGGAGUGACACAUGAUGUCAUGUACUGUAUAUCUUACUUAAAUCGUUUUAUUUUGUUUCAAAUAUUUCUAGCAGUUAGAAAAUCCUCCACAAGCUACGGAAUCAAAACAAGUGAUUGGAAUCCUAGAGAAGCAACUGCAACAGUCCACUAAAGACAAGGUAUCAUGCCUAUAGAUUUUCUUUUUGUGAAGGUAGCCAUGGGGAUCUACUGUAAUGGCUGCCAAGCAAACCAAAACUAGUAGCCUAGGGACGAGAAUGGAUUCUGAAUAAUCAAACUACAACACUGUUUAUCCCCAUCAUUUCCUUAUCAGUAUUGCGUAAUUGUGGCUUUGUCCACCGAGUCACAGAGGAAGUACAUACAGAGAUCUCACUUCAGGUUAAUUUCGCGAAAGGGAUUUUUUCAGUCCGCCAUGUUUUUAGCAAGUGCCCUAAAGAGAGGCAGUCACCCCCCUGAAAACAUAUUGAAAAUUUAAUAUUUCAGGGGGGUGAAUGCCUCUCUUUAGGGCACUUGCUAAGAGCAUGGCCGCCAGCUAUUUCGGUAAAAAAGCGCCUUACGGUUUUGUAAUGGAAGUUACACUUCUGUAUUCUGUGACCGAGUUGCCUGCGGUGGUGGUUCUGGACUGGGGGCAUAUUAAAAUGGAGGGAGCUAAAUCGAGUCUAUCUACUGUAGGGUGACCUUGAGACUCAAGUCAAGCAGUUAAGGGCCCAACUACAUUCUUUGAACGGGCAGUUAAAUAACAGCGAAGCUGUGCAAAGAGAUUUUGUUAAAUUAUCACAGAGUUUGCAGGUAAGUGUUGGAUAGUGUUGGUAAUUGAAAUUUCAAAUAUCAGGUGUUAGUGCUAUUCACCGAAUGCUCAUGUUUUCAAACUUCCCAUAACCUUUUUAACCAUAAAAGUGCAAAUAAAGUCAUAUGGCCUAAGAUUAUUUUGUUUUAAUGUAGAUGAAAUUAGAGGAGAUGAAAGAAUCUCAGAAAGAAACCAAAUGGGAGGAUGAAGAUGGUGUUUCAUCAUGUAGGAAAUGUGAGAAACCACUCGAUGUUCCACAAGACAAGGUGAAAAUUAUUUUGACUAGAAUUAUGUAUUUGUGUUCCGUGGUUGUAUAACAGGAUUAAGGCCUCGCGUAGCCUGCGAACAGGCUCUUUCAAAGAGAGUUCAAAGAGAGCCUGGUCGCAGGCUAGGCCUCACGUUGAUAUGACGGCGAGUUACUCAGUAAGGGCGAUCAUGCCUGCCUAGGGGGGAGGGGGGCAGGGGCACUUCACAGUGGGCUCUCGGCUUAAAAAGGGUCCCAUAUUGAAGACCCUUAAAAUUUAAAGUAAUUUUCAACCCUACUUAGCACAAAACAUGAGUAAGUAUUUGACACGAAAAUGAGGCCAUUGGGUGAAAAGUGAAUGAACGGUAAGAUCUAUUACGGCGUCAUGAGGCCCUUACGGCUUUUGACAACGAGAUCCCGGCUAUUAUAGAAACUUAGUAUAGUUUUCCCAGGUGAGUGUUUAGAAGAUGCAACCGCGACAACCAGGUAACUCGCCUUGGCAAGUUUCUGACAGAAAGAGGCCGGAUCUCGGCUAGGAAACAUUCUGGCUGGGAAACUCAGCAAUCUGAGAUGCAGUUCAUAAAUCAAUGUGUGUGUUUUUUUUUUAUAUAUUUUCAGCAUCACUGCAGACUAUGUGGUCGGAUAUUUUGUGACAAUUGCUCCAGUCAAACUAUAAACAAUCCUUCCUCGCCGCUACCACUCAGACUUUGUGUGGAUUGUGGCGCUACUGAGAAAACGUCAGAUAUAUCUGGGGACAAUAUGGGCAUUAACAGGGAAACAGAUGAUACAUGAGGGUUACAUGAGGCUAAAAGAGGUCGUGAUUUGAUAUUGGUUGAUAAUCAGGGAUAGCAUUGGAUAGUCGCGCUUUAGUGUACCUUGGUGUACAAUAGUGUACCUAACAUGACUUUCCCUAGUCAGUCCUAUACAGUGCCGCAGAGCAGUUAAACAGACGCAUAACUCGUAUAGUUACGAGCUUACAAAUUGUACAUUAAUUACAUAUACAGGAUAAUAAUUACAAUUAAGUACAGAUAUUUAAAAAUGGGUUAUAAUCUUAAACCUAAUGAUGAU